AUGUCUGAUAACGCUAUAUCCGUCAAAAAUCUCUACCGCUAUUUCGGCGCCCUAAAAGCAGUCGAUGGCAUCAGUUUCGAAGUCCCCCACGGCUCAGUCUGCGGUUUUGUGGGUGCCAAUGGCGCCGGUAAAACCACCACCAUGCGCAUGCUCGCCACCCUCGACUACCCCACCAUGGGGCAGGCGGCGAUCUGCGGCAUCGACACCGUCAACCACCCCGCCCAAGUGCGUUCUCUCAUCGGCUGGAUGCCCGAUCACUUCGGAAAUUACGACAACAUGACCGUCCUCGAGUAUCUUGAUUUCUAUGCCCGUGCACUUGGCUACAGCGGAAAAGAACGACAAAUACGCAUUCAAGAAGUCAUGGAAUUCGCUGACCUCAUUCCACUGGCCGACAGACUCUCUAACAAGCUCUCCAAAGGCAUGACCCAGCGCCUCUGUCUUGGGCGCUCCCUCAUUCACGACCCACAAGUUCUCAUCAUGGACGAGCCUGCGGCAGGCCUUGACCCCAAAGCCCGCGUCGAGCUCAAGCACCUCAUUCGCCUCCUCUCUGAGGAAGGGAAAACCAUCCUCAUCUCCUCUCACAUCCUCUCCGAACUCGGCGAAAUGUGCGACAACCUUCUCUUCAUCAAUGAAGGUCGGAUCGUCCACCAUGGAGAUGCCGAAUCUCUUCGCGUAGAAAGCGACACUGGAGCUGGCGGCGCCCUCUAUGAUGUCAAAAUUCACGGCGACCCCACUGCCUUGGCAGACUGGAUCGUCAUCAACCCCAAUGUAGAACUCGAAGAGACCCGAAAAAACGGUGGCCGCGUCCGUAUCGAUUCCGCCGACCACGCCCUUGCCGCUCAGGUCCUCCAACGGAUGAUCAAAGAUGGCCUCCUCAUUCACGAAUUCCACCGCGAAGAGCGAAACUUAGAAGACGCCUUCAUCGACAUGAUGGAUAAAGUCCAAAAACCAGCCACCUCCGUCUCUCCGACUGAUUAA